ACAAGCAGAGAGAGUUGUUGUAAAUUCAUACUUCGCCUCCUAAUGACGACGGUCGGAAGUUCUCUAUAAGGGCUGCUCUCCUGCGCUUGCUCUGCUCCGGCCCUCCCCUCCACCUCCUCAACUUCUCAGCUCUCAAAGACUGUCGCUGGGCGCUAAACAACACAGCUAUAUCGUGUGAAAGCUGUCUUUGCAUAUACCAAAAUAGCUCUUCUCCAUUGAAGAUCGAUCUAGAUCCUUGCAUCUAGCCAUCACACCUCCAGUGAGUUAGGACGUGCUGUUAUGGAAUCCGAGCUUCUACUUCAUAGUGGGGGAUGCCACUGCAGGAAAGUAAGGUGGGAAAUCGAAGCGCCAACUAGCGUAGUUGCUUGGGAAUGCAACUGUUCAGAUUGCUCCAUGAGAGGCAAUAUAAACUUCGUUGUCCCUUCUGAAAGAUUUAAACUUUUGGGAAAUUCGGACCAAUACCUCACAACCUACACUUUCGGUACUCACACUGCAAAGCAUACUUUUUGCAAAGUUUGCGGCAUAACUUCAUUUUACAAGCCAAGAUCAAAUCCAGAUGGAAUCGCCGUUACUUAUAGGUGCGUGGACCCCGGUACUCUGGCUCAUGUCGAGAUCAAGCAAUAUGAUGGACAGAACUGGGAAAGCUCAUAUGAUUCGAGUGGCAUUUCUUCAUAUUCUAAAAUGGAUACUGAAAAGGCAAAGGUAGGCUCCAGCUGAAAAUCGGUCUGAUGCUGCUGAUGUCAAGAAUAUACUCUGCAGCUCUGAGUAGUCUGUGCGUUUUAACACCGGAGGUUCCAAAAAUGUACUAUUUUGUAAAACUUUGGUUGGUUCACAGUCAGUGAAUCAUACCUGGUAGGCUGUUGAUUUUUUUUUUCCCGGUCAUAAGGCUGUUGAGCUGAAUAUUGUAUAAUUUCCUUCGAAGCGAGAUACUUGACAAGGUAUCUCAUUGAAGUCUAAUUUCCCUUACAAAUGGUAAUGACAUUCAAACCCACUAGACACUGAGGCUGGAGAAAGACUAGGACUAAAUCUUGCAUAGAGUUGCAAAACGAUUCUGCUUGAAUUUGUGCUGUAAUUUACUCAAUGGACAAUUGAUAUUGAUAUUGGUGCAA